AUGGUUACUCUAGCUCGUCUAGCGUUAGCAGGUUUAAAAGAUCGGAGUCAAGUGUACAUUUAUCAUAGAGUGCAAAUACCUCCAUUAUCUCCAUUAUCUCCAUUACCUCGAAUCAAAGAAGGUAAUAUACACCCGCAAACAAAAUGGGAAGAGGCCAUGCUUCCAUACGUACUCGCCGAGGGCGAGACUUUGGACGAGUAUGAACGUCGCACCGACGAAUUUAACAAAUUUAAUCCUGUUAAACGAACUGAUGCCAAAAUCGGAGGUCUUGGCGCAUCUCGAACUCGUGCCGACAAUUCCGGUAAAGAAGCUGAUGCAUGUUUUCGCCCUUCAAAACCACCAGUGCAAUCACCAAACGGGAGCAAUGGAAAGAAUGAACCUUGGCCAAAUCUUGUCGUUGAAGUUGCGUAUUCUGAGAGUGAACAACAUGUCCUGGACAAUGUUAAAAAAUAUUGGCUGGGUAAUUUUAGUCGCGUUCAUGACGCAAUAGUAAUCAAAAUCGAUCCAGUUUCUGGGGAGGACGAACCGCCUACACGUAUGCAGGCGUGGCACUUUUGUAUCACAGACAAACGAACAAGAACAUCAGAUAUCCAACAUCGGAAUCACUUUGAAUUUGGUACCCUUGACAAAGAUGGAAAUCAAACAAACAUUCAACAAGGCCAAUGCGUUAUCAAAAUUUCUCUAGAUUGUUUGUAUCAUGAUGCAUCUCCUGGAAUUACAAUUCCUCGACAACUUCUUCCGGAUCCAAUUGAAUUGGAUUUCUUGCUAAUUCGAAAUGAUUUCCUCAGUAUGUAUUAA